AUGUACUGCACCCACUUAAGGAUGCUGCAGCUGGUCGUCAUGGCAACACUGUGGGUGACACCAGUGAGGGCGGGGACACACUGCAGGUAUGGCUGCCGACUAAACAACAUGACCAUCACCGUGGAGAGAGAGGACUGUCACGGAAGCAUCACCAUCACCACCUGCGCCGGCCUGUGCGAAACAACGGAUCUGAACUAUCAGAGCACAUGGCUGCCUCGCUCCCAGGGGGCGUGUAACUUCAAGGAGUGGUCCUACGAGGAGGUCUACCUGGAAGGCUGUCCACCCGGGGCCAACCCCUUCUUCAUACCUGUUGCCAAGAGCUGUGAUUGCAUCAAAUGCAAGACGGACAACACUGAUUGUGAUCGCAUAAGCAUGGCAACACCCAGCUGUGUAGUAAACCCACUAGAAAUGUAA